CUGUGUCCCACUCCCUGUCAGUCCGCCCCGCUGAGCUGCGGUCCUGCUUCGUACAGUCAGUUAGCAAAAAUGAGCGACAAAGGUCUGUCAGACGAUGCAGCGGCAGCAGCUUGUAAAGAUGGAGACCCUAUUACUAAGGAUUUCAUGAUGCAGCAGACUAUGCUGCGGGUCAAAGAUCCAGUUAAAUCCUUGGAUUUUUACACCAGAAUCCUCGGCAUGACGCUCCUGCAAAAGUUUGACUUCCCCUCCAUGCGAUUCUCUCUCUUCUUCUUGGGCUACGAGGACAAGAAGGAAAUUCCUGCAGAUGUGAAUGAAAAGACGGCUUGGACCUUUUCCAGAAGAGCCACCAUUGAGCUGACACAUAACUGGGGCUCUGAAUCUGAUGAGAGCCAGUCUUAUCACAAUGGAAACUCAGAUCCACGUGGCUUUGGACACAUUGGAAUUGCAGUACCUGAUGUCUAUGCAGCCUGCAAACUGUUUGAAGAACAAGGAGUCACAUUUGUCAAGAAGCCAGAUGAUGGUAAAAUGAAAGGCUUGGCCUUCAUUCAGGACCCUGAUGGUUACUGGAUUGAGAUUCUGAGUCCUAACAAUAUGGUGUCCAUCACCUCCUAAAACUAUGACAACAUGCUACCUGCUGCAGUGCAUACGGGCCAGACCUGCUGUGGCUUCACUGGGAGAAUGAGUAUAGGGGUUUAGCGGAGAAUUCAGCAACAUGCGCUGGAGAGGGGAAAUGGAGCGGUGAUCACUUGCGCAGUGGCAAUCAGUGCGCCCUGGCAUGGGCUGGACUUAAAUUGGACAGUUGAUGAGCAAAUAGAUUAGAUACCUGAGUUUUUGCCAUGAAUAGCAACUACUUUGUGUAGCAUGUGCGGUUCAUUACCAUCAUCUGUUUGUAUGUGUCUUAAAAAAGUGAUGCUAAAAUAAAGCGGUAUUACUGUGUAAUAAAUGUGAAAGCCACCGUUUUAACACAA